AUGUAUCCAUGGAUGUAGCUCCAUGUCCGUGACUGUGUAGCUUUCAGCUCGGCGGCUCCAGACCGUCAAACAAAGCCCACCACACAACCACCCGCAGCAGGUCUCCAUGCCGUCGAAAGAAAAACUGUGCACCGGCGUGGUAACAAACCUGGCAAUUAUUAGGCAGGACCAAAGACUCACUGGGUUGUGUGCAAGCUUCCUGAAGGCAACAAGCAUGCAGUCAGUGGUAGUCCUUGUUCUGCUCCUGCUGUUGCUCCUGGAUGGAGAGGUGGCCUCGUCCACGGACGACGGCCAGUUCGCCUACCAAGGUUUCGCCACGGCGAGGCUGAUGCUGGACGUCGCCAGUAUCACGCCCAACGGGCUCCUCGAACUCUCCAACAAAAAAGGCCACGCCUUCUAUCCCUCACCACUCAGCUUCCGCAAACACUCCUCGGCAACCACGAACUCCAGCAUCGUGGCGCGGUCUUUCUCCACGUCUUUCGUGUUCGCCAUUGUAGGCAAAUACGAUGGCCUGAGCAGCUAUGGGCUCGCCUUUGUGGUCGCCCCGACUACAAACUUCUCGGUGGCAAAUGGCGGACCAUACAUGAGCCUUCUCAACUCAACGAACGGCACCGCCAACAAUCGCAUCUUGGCGGUUGAGCUCGAUACCAUCAUGAACACCGAGUUCCAAGACAUCGAUAGCAACCAUGUCGGCAUCGACAUCAACAGCCUCGUGUCGCAGCAGGCAAAGCCAGCCGGCUACUAUGCCGACGAUGAUGGCACCUUCCGAGACCUGAGGCUAAAUAGCCGCAAGCCGAUGCAGGUGUGGGUGGACUACGAUGGCCAGACCAGGCAACUCAAUGUGACAUUAUCUCCUGUGCAAGUGCCGAAGCCCAAGAAACCUCUACUCUCUGAAGCCAUUGAUCUCUCUGCAGUCAUGGAGGACACGAUGUAUGUCGGUUUCUCAUCGUCAGCAGGUAUCAGUAUAAUCACGCGCCACUACGUGCUCGGAUGGAGUUUCAGCUUGGACGGACCUGCCUUGCCACUUGACUUCUCAAAGCUUCCCACCCUGCCACGUUUGGGUCCAAAACCUCGAUCCAAGGUCUUCGACAUCGUGUUGCCACUGACCACCGGAUUGCUCGUCGCUGCAGUGCUAGCCACCAUCUUUUUCUUCUUGUGGCAUCGGCGUCGAUUCGCAGAGGUGCGAGAGGAUUGGGAGGACGAGUUUGGCCCACACCGGUUUGUGUACAAGGAUCUCUUUCUUGCCACCGAUGGUUUCAAGGAGAGGAAUUUACUUGGUAUAGGAGGUUUUGGAAGAGUAUACAAAGGGGUCAUUCCUACAGCCAAUUUAGAUAUUGCAGUGAAAAGAGUGUCACAUGAUUCAAGACAAGGAGUAAGGGAAUUCAUUGCUGAGGUGGUGAGCAUUGGUCACCUCCGACACCGAAACAUUGUACAAUUGCUAGGCUACUGCCGGCGCAAGGGUGAGCUUCUCUUGGUCUAUGACUACAUGGAAAAUGGUAGUCUUGACAAGUACCUAUACAUUAAAAAUGGCCCGACUUUAUAUUGGUGCGAAAGGUACAAGAUUAUCAAAGGUGUCAUGGCAAGUUUAUUGUAUCUUCAUGAAGAAUGGGAGCAAGUUGUCAUCCACCGUGAUAUAAAGGCUAGCAAUGUGCUCUUGGACAGCCAGAUGAAUGGGCGUUUGGGUGAUUUUGGUCUAGCAAGGUUAUACGAUCAUGGCACAAUUGGUAAAACUACACAUGUGGUUGGUACCAUGGGAUACCUUGCACCCGAACUUGUCUGCACUGGGAAAGCAACACCCUUAACUGACAUGUUCGCAUUUGGAAUUUUUCUACUAGAGAUCACUUGUGGGCGUAGGCCAAUCGACAUCGACGAGAACAACAACCAGGUAGUGUUGAUCGACUGGGUGCUUGAGCACCACCGCAACGACUCAAUUUUAGACGUCAUAGAUCCACGGCUUGCGGGAAAUUUCAAUGAAGAAGAAGUCAUCCUCGUGCUCAAAUUGGGUUUGAUGUGCUCGCACCCGUCACCCAACACAAGACCUAUCAUGAGAAAGGUCAUGCAAUACCUGGACGGUGGCCUGUCGGCCCCUGACUUGUCCCCAACCUACGUGAACUAUAGCAUGAUGAUGUUGAUGCAGCACGAAGGGUUUGAUUCGUACAUGACGUUGUGCCCUCAGUCAGAGACGAGCAUUUGCACUGUAUCCGGCGAGUCUUCAUUUACUUACCAAGGCUUUGCGGCAGCAAACCUUACGCUAGACGGACUCGCUACCGUCCUGCCCAAUGGCCUCCUCGCACUCACAAACUUUACUUACCAGACUAAAGGCCACGCCUUCCACCCCGUGCCGCUCCGCUUCCUCAACAAGCCCACGUCGACGAACACCACUGCCGUGGCGCGGUCCUUCUCCACGUCCUUCGUGUUCGCCGUUGUGUCCAGAUACGACGGCUUGAGUGACCAAGGGCUCGCCUUCGUGGUCACCCCGACCAUGAACCUGUCAACGGCAAACGCCGGGCAGUACCUAGGCCUCCUCAAUGCAACAAACGGCACCGCGAGCAACCGAAUCUUGGCGGUCGAGCUCGACACCAUCAUGAACCCUGAGUUCAGCGACAUCAAUAGCAACCACGUCGGCAUCAACGUGAACAGCCUCAUGUCACGGCAGGCCAAGCCGGCAGGUUACUAUGGCGAUGAUGAUGGCGCCUUCCGAGGCCUGAUGCUAAACAGCCGAAAGCUGAUGCAGGUGUGGGUAGACUAUGAUGGCCAGGGCAGGCAACUCAAUGUGACGUUAGCCCCGAUACAAGUGCCCAAGCCCAGGAAACCUCUGCUCUCCGAGGUAAUUGAUCUAUCCACCUUCAUGGAGGACCCAAUGUAUGUGGGCUUCUCAUCGUCAUCAGGCGUCGUGUUCACACACCAUUAUGUGUUGGGAUGGAGCUUCAGCCUCGAUGGACCUUCCCCACCACUUCACUUCUCCAAGCUUCCCACCCUGCCACGCGUGGGUCCAAAGCCUCGGUCCAAGCUCUUGGAUGUUGUGCUGCCACUGGCCACCGCAUUGCUCGUCGCUGCAGUGCUAGUUGUUGUCUUCUUCUUUGUGUGGCGUCGGCAUCGAUAUGCUGAGGUGCGUGAAGAUUGGGAGGAUGAAUUUGGACCGCACAGAUUCGCAUACAAAGAUCUGUUUUGUGCCACCGAUGGUUUCAAGGACAAGAAUUUACUAGGGGCUGGAGGAUUUGGGAAGGUGUACAAAGGGGUGCUUCCUGCAUCUAGUUUGGAGGUCGCGGUGAAGAGAGUGUCGCAUGGUUCAAGGCAAGGAGUAAGGGAGUUUGUAGCUGAGUUGGUGAGCAUCGGUCGUCUCCGGCACCGAAAUCUCGCACAGUUACUGGGCUACUGCCGACGCAAGAGUGAACUUCUUUUGGUUUAUGAUUAUAUGGAAAAUGGUAGUCUUGAUAAGUACUUAUACAACAAAAAUGGACCAUCUCUAAAUUGGCAAGAGAGGUAUUGGGUCAUCAAAGGCAUUGCGUCAAGCUUGUUAUAUCUACAUGAGGAUUGGGAGCAAAUCGUCAUCCACCGAGAUAUAAAGGCUAGCAAUGUGCUCUUGGAUAGCCAAAUGAAUGCACGGUUAGGCGAUUUUGGUCUCGCGCGGUUAUAUGACCAUGGCAUGGAUGGUCAAACAACCCAUGUUGUUGGCACCAUGGGGUACCUUGCACCUGAACUUUUACGCACCGGGAAGGCAACACCUGCAACCGAUAUAUUUGCAUUUGGUGUGUUCCUCCUAGAGGUUGUUUGUGGACGGAGGCCAGUCGAGAGUGAAAAACACGGUAACAAGAUGGUGUUGAUCGACUGGGUCCUUGAGCAUCACCGUAAUGGUUCAAUCCUCGACACAGUGGAUCCAGGACUCAUGGGAAAGUUUGAUAUACAGGAGGUAACCAUCGUUCUCAAACUAGGUUUAUUGUGUGCACACCCAUCACCCAAUACAAGGCCUAGUGCAAGAAAGGUCAUGCAGUACCUAGAUCGUAGCAGGUCGGUUCCUAACUUGUCUCCAACCUACAUAAGCUAUAGCACAUUGGCGUUGAUGCAGAAUGAAGGGUUCGAUUCGUACAUCAUGCCAUGUCCUCUAUUUGCGAAGAGCGUUCACACUGUAUCCGGUGAUUCUUCAGUGACAGUUCUUUUAGACGGGAGAUGAAUCGGUGUUUGUAAUCAACUCUUCAUACCCCUAUUUAUUGCUCUCUCUCUCUCUCUCUCUCUCUCUCUCUCUCUCCUUUGAGGGUUUGUAAGUAAGUUUUUUUAAUAGUGUCUUCUAUUCAUUCAGUUGUCUA